GUGGCUUGCGGGAGAGUGCCGCUUUGGUUCCCGCUGCAACUUUGCGCACGGGGAGCAUGAGCUCCGCAAGUUGCCGCCAAAGAGCAGUCCCAGCCGCUUCAGCCAAGACCGAGAACCCAGCGACAAGGACAGGGGAAGGGGGCGGCCGGGCGGUUUCUUCGGGAGCGUGUCGUUCGACUCCGGCUACAGGCCAAUGAACGCGCGUCCAAGCAUGUACGACUACCGGAGUGGUGGCGGAGGCGCCUCGUAUGGCGGCACCUACGCUAAUGGCGCUGGUCCUUACAGCAGAGUGUAUGGAGCCACCCCAAACAGCGGAUAUGGGCCUGUGGGCAGGGGGAGCGGGCCCAUUCAUGUGGCAGCUGCCCACAGCCCAAAUCCUCCACCCCGGGAUUUCUACGCUGUCCAUGGCUACCCCGUCCCUGGUCCAAACGCCUGGACCAUGUACAGGUGCUCAGCAGUGCCUACAUUCCUCAGAAGUGCUGCCGGCGUCUGUGGCUGCAAAGCUUGUUGCCUGAAAGUCACAACCAGGUUCAUUACACAUCAACUUGCUCAGUGCCAGCCGUUGGAAGUCGACUUGACUUGUUGCUAUUUACUUUGUGCGCAGAGACCCUGA